UUGCAUUUACAUUUUGGUCAUAGGCGGCAGCUGUACAAGUUGUGGAAUAUUUGUUGUUCCAGUGUAUUUACUAAAUUUACAUUUUGCAAAAUAUUACUGUGGUUAAAAGACUUUUCUACUUUAACGAGUGCUGUGAAUAGCUGAUAAACAACAAGUUUAACAACAAAGUUGAAGGUCGGUCACCUUCGCAUUCAAAAACAGUGACGACAUCGCUAUUUUUGUUUACAUUUACCAGCAUUUCACAAGUGACUGCAAACACAAUGUCAGACUUGUCCUAUCUGGAUACCAUUUCAAACAAGGAGUUGCACGCCAAGUGCUUGCAGCAUGGACUACCCAACAUACCAGUGACCGAUUCAAGUCGCCAAGUGAUUCUGCGUCGUUUGCGCUCGGCUAUUUUGGGCGUCCCUUUAAACAAGUCCAAGAACAAUAGCGCAUCUGCAUCGAAAAAGAAAGCUCCUAGACGUGAAACCGUCCACAGCAGUAACGUGACACCAGCAGCUGAGACUGUACAGCGCGUUGCAGGUAAAAGCCCAAGCCGAAACAACAACAACAACACACGCCGAACAAUUGCCGCAACUGCUGGAAAUUAUUAUCCGCUAGGCAAUGUAUCGACACGGUCUGUGGAAACAACAACAACCGUCUCCGAUGUGGGAUCACAGUCUGAGGAUGACGAUUAUUACACUAAUCGCCCACAAUAUAAUGAAGUGCAUCGCCCGGUUUCCUUGGGAAAAUCCGAGCUGUUAACCACGUCCUAUACAAGAGGCAUCGAGGGACAGGAAACUCAAUACUCAGUGGAUGAUGAGCCAGAAACCUACACAUAUCAGCGUCCACACGUGGCUUCCACGCUGCCUGGCUAUCAACAGGAUCGCACAUAUAGCUCCAGUUUGGCAAGAAACCAAAAUCUUACGCAUUCUCUGUUGAACUCGACCAGCUACAACGAGGAUGCCACCGAUUACAACAAAGUGGAGCCACAGCGCUACUCAUAUAAUGGAUCUGCAGCCCCAUUUCAAAGUGCGGCUGCAUCGACUUCAGCAGCAACUUCCACGAUUCGACAGCGUCAGACGAUGGGCAGCGUUACUGGAUUUGGCAGAGGUCGUUUAAUCCAACCUACUUAUCGCAUUAACACGCUGUAUCCGCAGCUGAACGAAUUCUAUGAUCAGGCCACAAAUGCAGACGAAUCCAUGGAAGUAGACACAGAUAGUGAGCCAGAAGUUGAAACACAGCAACAACAACAACGUUCUUAUGGUCGCCAACCCGUUGAAUCUCCGUAUUUAAGCAGUUUCUCCCGUCAGCUGGAUGCUGGAAAACGUUCAUCGCCCUUGGCCAGGCCACAGAAACGCGCAACGUUGGCCAAUGAGGAUGCGCUGGACUCUCCAAUGACGCAGUUUCGUGGUCUCUUUAGAUCUUUAGAUCAAAGAUAUCACCUUAAGUUUUAUUUCUGUCUAAUGUUAGCUGUUAUGUUCACCACCUUGGUUUACGUUCUGCUGACGCCAUAAAUAAAAAAGCGUUGUGUUCUUUAA